CCUCUUCCUAACCACAGAAUCAGACCGUGACAGCACGACAUUUUCAUGGUUCAAAACAACUUGAUUUUUUUCUUGUACUCAAAUAACAAAUCAAAAACUGACAGCUAUCAUGAAAAAAUCGUAGUUUUCUCAAAAUUUCGCACUUUUCUCCCCACAAAAGAAAGAAAGAUCCUCUCUUUCGUUAACCCUACCGCUACUAUGUCGUGGCUUCUCAAACUCCGUGUAGCCACCGCGGCCGCUUCCUCCGUCGUGAACCCACUCCGACCAGGGCUCCGAUUCUUCGGAUCAGCCGCUGCGUUGGAGCUUGACUACGACUAUGAGUACUACGAGUACGAGCAUGCUCACCGGGACCGGCGCCCGGCUCAACCCAAGGUUGACGUGGAUAGCUCGGCGCCAGAGAGGGGUGUCCAGUGGGUUCUUAUAGGGGAGCCUGGAGUGAAACGGCAUGCUUAUGCUGAAAGGCUUUCAAAGCUUCUAGAAGUUCCUCAUGUUUCAAUGGGUACCCUUGUUAGACAAGAGCUUAAUCAUUGCUCUUCUCUUUACAAACAGAUUGCAAAUGCAGUGAAUGAAGGGAAGCUUGUUCCAGAGGAUGUAAUUUCUUCUUUGUUGUCUAAGAGACUUGAACAAGGUUACUAUGGAGGUGAAAAUGGCUUCAUUCUCGAUGGGAUUCCUCGUACCAGGAUCCAGGCUGAGAUUCUUGACCAAAUUGCUGAUAUUGAUCUGGUUGUGAACUUUAAAUGUACUGAAGAAUACAUGAGUUCAGAGAGUGAGUUUCUUCACAUAGGUAACUCUAAGGAUGUAGGAAGUUCCUGGACUGAAAAUGUCCAUGUAUGCUCAGAGCAGGUAAUAUUCCUGUUUGAUAUGGUUGCCAAAUGUUUGCAAGGUAUUUUUAUUAGGCCAAGUCAUUGGAGGAUUACUACAGCAAGCAAAAGAAGCUUCUCAACUAUCAGUUGGCUGGUGCACCAGGAGAUACAUGGCAAGGUCUAUUGGCUGCAUUACGUCUGCAGCAUAUGAAUGCUCUAAGUCCUUCACAGAAGCUGACAGCUUAACUUUGUUAUUCUUUAAAUCCAGUAGUUACCUUAAUUAAUAUUCCGGCAUGGUAGUAAAUACGUAACAAUGAGUGAUAGAUAAGUUUUGAUUAUGGCAAACACCCAAGUUGGAUUUGCCUCGAAUUUUUGUUUCCCUUUUCUGAGAUACUAUGCAGUUUUAUAGUACGUAAUGCAAUAUGGCUAGAGAUGAUUUUUGGCCUGCAUGACCAUUUAUAAUAUAAAGGAUGCACUCUCUUUUCAUUUACAUCGACAUUUUAUUUUCCUUUUCCUUUAUGUUCCGACCACUUCUAACGCAUCUGAUUUUGUCAUAUUCUCUCUUGGAAUUCAUGUUAUCCGGCGGUGGUUCUCUUUAUUCACCCUUUAAACCUGUGGGGUAAGGGGGACGCCACUGCUAAUUGCACAGAAAUCAUCUAAAACCGAGAGGAAUUUUUUUCCAGAGUUAUUUUGUAUGAGACCCUCCAUUUAUUUGAUGUGGCAAAAACUACAAGAAUGACGAACCAAAAUUUACCCACAGAUUUACAGCUCAGGAGAAUAAAGGCAGUUUCAACCCUUUCCACACGUGAACAUAGAAUUUACAAUCAUUCCGACUUCAUCCAUACAUCUCUUAGGAGUUCAUAUCUAAUAGUAUUUUGAUAGCCAUUUCCCUGUGAUAUCCAGUUAGGCUUUGAUU